CGGUCCAGGCUGGUGCCUGCUGUAUAUUACCAUGGAAAUGUAGUCUAGGGAGUAUUCAUCUGUAGAGGGGGAGUCUAUAGAGGACCUCAGCAACUUGUCAUGGCUGUGGAAGUUGAAACUAGAGGAGGAGUGGCUAUUGGUUUCAACAAAGAAAAGAAAUCCGACUCAACAACCCCACCCAUAGAAAAUACGGCCCUGCUAACAAUCCGGCUGCCUUCUCUCUGUCCUGCGUGGGUCCUCACGUCCACAUCUAUCACAUCUGUCACGUUUAUCAGUUUUUUCAUCUCUGUAUUUCCCAACGGAGCUUGUAUCAUGGCUGCAUACAUGGGGACUCGCGGCACUGUGAAGGAGGCAACUGACUUCAACCCUGAGGCAGAUGCACAGAAACUCAAAGCCGCCAUGAAGGGCAUAGGCACUGACGAGUCAGCCAUCAUUGCCAUCAUUGCUCAUCGCAGCAUUGCACAGAGGCAGCAGAUCAAGAUGGUCUAUAAGCGGGACUUUGGGAAGGACUUGGAUGAAGAUCUGAAGUCAGAGCUCAGCGGCCAGUUUGAGAAGGUGGUCACGGGACUGCUGAAGACGGCUCCUGUGUAUGACGCAUACGAGCUGAGGAACGCCAUUAAGGGGGCUGGGACAGACGAAGCCUGUCUGCUGGAGAUUCUGGCCUCCAGGAGUAACGCUGAGAUUAAGGCUCUGACCGCUGCUUACAGUCAAGAGUACGGGAAGGUCUUGGAGGAGGACAUCUGUGGAGACACGUCUGGGAUGUUUAAAAGGGUCCUCGUGUCUCUGCUCACGGCAGGGAGGGAUGAGUGCACCACUGUAGAUGAGGCCCUGGCCAAAAAGGAUGCUAAGGAGAUGUACGAUGCGGGAGAAGCACGCUGGGGCACAGACGAGGACAAGUUCCUCACCAUCCUGUGUAUACGGAACAGGAGCCACCUGCUCAGAGUGUUCCAAGAGUAUCUGCGCAUCGCAGGCCGGGACAUCGAGGACAGCAUUAAGAGGGAAAUGUCUGGAAACCUGGAGGAAAUCUUCCUGGCUAUAGUGAGAUGUGUCAAAAGCAAGCCAGCGUUUUUCGCAGAGAGACUCCACAAGUCUAUGAAGGGUCUGGGUACCACAGACAGCAUUCUGAUCAGAGUUAUGGUGUCUCGCUGUGAGAUCGACAUGUUGGACAUCAAGACUGAGUUCCUGAAGAUGUACGGCAAAACCCUACACUCCUUUAUAAAGGUGAGACCUACAGAGCGCUACACUCCUUUAUAAAGGGCGACACAUCAGGUCAUUACGGCAAGAUCCUGCUGGAACUGUGUGGACCUGAGAAGUAGCUUCUCUGUAGAUCUGCCUUAUUUGUGAUAGUCACAGACAUGGCACUCACAUUUCUGGCUCUCAUUAGCAUGUAGCUAACACUUAUUUGUAACGUCCAGCUCUCUCUCCACUCCCUGUACUCUGGACACAUUUUAUAUGACUUCUACACUUGGCAGUGCCAAUUAAAGAAUACCAGCACUUCAAACAAUGACUCGUUUUAUCUUCUGGAUCAAAUAAACACCAUCUUGUUUGUUUAUAAACAUCCGUUUUUGAGGCCUGAAGUUAAACCAAACUGCAUUGUAUUGAUGUGUGUAAACUCCCUACUAUCAAUAAUAAUUAAACAACAACAACUCCUCCAGGAGACAAACUGAA